UUUCACUAUGCGCCGCGGCGGCCCGACGGCGGCGGCGCGCCAGUGCUCACUCGUUUGCGGUGCGAGCAGCGCGGCGGAGCGGCCGGCAGAGCGAGCGAGCCAGCGCCCGUCCGACCGUCCGUCCGUCCGACCGUGUGUGUGAGCGAGCGGCGGGUGAGCGGUGCGGCGGCACGGAGGCCAGUUGGCGCCCGAGACGGGCCGGCGCAGCAGCGGCCGGCGGCGCGCCCCUCGCGAACGGACCCUCUGUGAACACCGGCGGACGUGAACGCAGUGCGCGAGAAUGAUAUCGGACAUGGAGCUGCCGCUGGCCCACGUGCAGCCCAGCUUCAGCAGCCUGGCUGUGCAGCACGAACAGCCGCCCGCCCCCCAGCAGGCACCCCCGCCGCAGCCGCCCACCCCGCAGCCGUUGCAGGACUCUGAGCAGCAGCACCAGCAGCAGCCAGAGCCGGAGCACCAGCACCACCACCAGGAGCACCACCACCAGGAUCACCACCAGGAUCACCAUCACGCGGAGCCGCAGCAGCAGCACACGGCGGCCUCGUCGGCGGCCGGAGUGCAGUGUUACAGUAUGGUGUCGUCCCCGGCCUCACUGACUAUCGUGAACGCCGGCCCCGUGUACUCCCACGUGCAGGUGUCCAACAACAACAGUAUCCUGGGCUCCCCGCUCAUGGAUAACGCGUGUCUGUUCUCGCCAGGCGCCACCAGCAUGUCGGGCGUGGGCGACCACCAGUACAACCUGCACCAGGACCCGCUGCCCGACACCAAGGAGGGCAUCGAGGAACUGUGCCCCGUCUGCGGCGACAAGGUCUCCGGCUACCACUACGGACUCCUCACCUGCGAGUCCUGCAAGGGAUUCUUCAAGCGCACUGUGCAAAACAAAAAGGUGUACACAUGCGUGGCCGAUAAGAGCUGCCAGAUCGACAAGACGCAGCGCAAACGGUGUCCGUUCUGCCGCUUCCAGAAGUGCCUCAGCGUCGGGAUGAAACUUGAAGCUGUGCGUCAGGACCGGAUGCGAGGCGGACGGAACAAGUUCGGCCCCAUGUACAAGCGGGACCGGGCGCGCAAGAUGCAACAGAUCCGGCAGCGGCAGCUGAUGGGUCCACAGCGCGUCGGUCUGCCGCCGGUGGGCUCCGAGGCGGUCACCAUCAGCUACCCGUCGCCGGCCACCUCGCUGCCCAUCACCUACAGCGCCGGCAACGGCUCCAACAUCACCAUCAAACAGGAGAUCCAGUACCCGGUGCUGAGCUCCACGUCUGCCUCGUCUCCCGACUCGUCGCCGUCGCCGCUGCUCGGCGCGCCGGCUGGCAGCGGCGCGCUGCUCGAGCCGUGGGGCGCCGGACGCACCGACGUGCCCACCAUCAUCCGAGAGCUGGUGGCCUCCCUGGACGACCGCGAGUGGCAGCAGCAGCUGUUCCGGCUGCUCCAGACCCAGACCUACAACCAGUGUGAGGUGGAUCUGUUCGAGCUCCUCUGCAAGGUGCUCGACACCAACCUCUUCACACAAGUCGACUGGGCGCGCAACUCUGUCUUCUUCAAAGAUCUCCGGGUGGAGGAUCAGAUGAAGCUGCUGCAGGCCACCUGGUCAGUUAUCAUGAUCCUGGACCACAUCCACCAGCGGCUGCACAACAACCUGCCCGACAGCACCACACUGCCCAACGGCCAGAAGUUCGACCUGCUCACCCUCAGCCUGUUCGGCAUGUCCGAGCUGGUGCCGCAGCUCAACGACGUCACCGCCCGGCUGCAGGAGCUCAGCUUCGACGUGUCCGACUACAUCUGCCUCAAAUUCGUCCUGCUGCUCGACCCCAGUACCGCAGACCUACAGACGCUGGGUAACCGGCGGCACGUGCAGCAGGCCCAGGACCAGGUCAAGCAGGCGCACAUGGACUACUGCGCCGCUGUCCACCCCGAUAUUCAGGGCAAGUACCAGCGGCUGAUGGCUCUGCUGCCCGAACUGCGGGACCUGGCUCUGCGAGGGGAGGAUUAUCUGUAUCAGAAACACGACCAGAACGAUCACAACCGAGCCACCUCCCUCCUCAUCGAGAUGCUGCAUGCGCGCAGACAUUGCGGUCGGCUGCCGGCGCCCUGAGACGGCCUCCCGCGCGCGGACGGAGCGCGGCCCUCUCCGGACCGCCCCACCAGUACAAACGCCGAGGCGGCAUCACCCUCGCCCGCGCGCCGGCGGGCGGCCGCCGCCAGCCGCCCCGAUCGGACGCUAUCAUUCUGUGCAUACUUCGCCGCUCGCCGCGCGAACGCAACGGUGUGAGUGAGAGUGAACGUCGAGUGAUCCGUGGAAACCGAGUGAGGAUUGGUGGAGAGAGAACCGGCGCCAGCCGCCGCCAGAGACUGGUCUGGUCGGGCCGGCCGCCACAGUGCAACCGUACUGCCCUGGUCUGUGAGGCCGCUGCCGCCGCCGCCGCCGCCGUUGCUGCCGCUGCCGUCGUAUGUAUGUGUGCGUGUCCGUCUGUGUGCGCGGCCGGCCGCCCGGCGCGCGCGGCGCCGCCCGUUGUGUGUUGUGUGGUGUGUCGCCGGCAGAGGUUUAUUUUUUGGUACUCGGCGCUCGGCGGGCUGCCAGCUGUGGCCGAGAGGCCCGCAGUACCUGACGCACCGUUAAUGAAGUCCGUAUUUUGCUACUGGAAUGGUUUAGUCGGCGUGGCCUGCCGCCCGGUUUUAGUUGAGAAAACCGAGGAGCGGCGGCCGGCUCGCGAGCACCCGGCACCCGUGCCGGUCGGUCUGUAUGUCUGUCUGUCUGUCUGUUUGUCUGUCGGCGCGCGUGCUGCCGGCGGCGCGGACCGGCAGGCCGUGUGAUGUGAGGGGACGCCGAGCUGUCGGCCGCCCGGGCCGCGCCGGCGUCCCACUCGGACCUCUUUUGUUACCAUAUUGUUAUAAAUUAUAGAGGGUGCGCGUGUCCGCCGGUGGGAGGUUUGUGUGUGUGUGUGUGUGUGCGUGUGAGGGAUGUCUGUGAGGGGCUCUGCAGCGCCGCGUGCCGCCCGCCCGCCGCCGCCCGCCGCCUUCGGUACGAGUGUCGCGCGUGUAGUGGGUAAGUUCGCCGUCCGCCGCGCUGCCUGCGUCGGCCGGCCGGCGCCACAGCCGUCCGGGAGCGGGGCAUUACGAUACUGCUGCGGCCGCCGCGCUCCUCCUGUCUUUCCCCCGCUCUCGCUCUCCGUCUCCGCGCCUCGCUCCGCCCCCUCCCUCCGGCUCUCCUAGUGGUAGGUCUGUCUCGAAGACGCGCGCGCCCGACCCGCGGCCGGUAGCGCCCGUUUGUGUCGCACUAGUCAUGUGGUUAUUUUUGCUAGUCAUCUCGACUUGUGUUCAGUGGCCGAUAGGGCGCGCGCGCGCGCGAGCGCACGGCCGCCGGUAUGUGCGCCGAUUUUGACAAUGUUUUAACAUUCCAUAGGUGCGUAUGGUGGGUGGGUGGGGUACGGCCGGCGGCCUGGGUGCGGUCGCCCCGGCUGCCUAUGGCUCGGGCGCGCGGUGGGGUCGGGCGGCCCGCGGUAGCUGCGAGCUCGGGAUGGAAGUGACGACCCGGCGCGGCAAAACCUCUCCGUCUCGGUGCGUCUGUCUGUCUGUGUCUCUGCGUGUGUGAGAUUGUGUGCGAGUGUUGUGAUGGAGUGUUUUAUCUGCAUAGAGCACAUCGGAACGUGAUCGAAUUUGCUGCCCUGAUUGUGAAAGGAGUGUGAGAGGGACUCAUGGUGACACGAAUAAAGGUACAUCACCUACCAUC